AUGGAACGGCAAAACCUAACAGUGCCGAAAGAAUUCAUUCUCAUGGGAAUCACAGACCGCCCUGAGCUGCAGGCCCCCUUCUUCGGGGUGUUCCUUGUCAUCUAUGUAGUCUCAGUGGUGGGCAACUUGGGCUUGAUCAUCCUCACCAAGAUAGACUCCAGGCUGCAAACACCCAUGUACUUCUUUCUCACACACCUGGCAUUUACUGAUCUUGGUUAUUCAACUGCUGUAGGACCAAAAAUGCUAGUAAGCUUGGUUGUAGAUCAACAUACAAUCUCCUAUAAUUGGUGUGCUACCCAACUCUCUUUCUUCAUUAUGUUUAUUACUAGUGAAAUUUUCCUUCUGUCAGCAAUGGCUUAUGACCGUUAUGUGGCCAUCUGCAACCCUCUGCUCUACAAAGUCAUCAUGUCACAAAGAUUAUGUCUGUUGCUAGUGGCAAUACCCUAUCUAUACAGUGUCUUUUUGUCUUUGCUGAUCACUAUAAAAAUUUUCAUUUUGUCAUUUUGUGAGUACAAUGUCAUCAGGCAUUUCUACUGUGAUAGUCUAUCAUUGGUACCUUUGCUGUGUUCAGACACACAUGAAAUUAAAUUAUUAAUUCUCAUAUUUUCAGCUUUUACUUUGGUGUCAUCUCUUCUGAUUGUUCUUGGAUCCUAUUUGCUGAUCUUUGUUGCCAUCCUCAGGAUGCACUCUGCAGAUGGCAGACACAAGGCCUUCUCCACCUGUGGAUCACACCUGACAGUGGUGGUUCUAUACUAUGGUACUCUCUUCUUUAUGUACGCACAGCCCAAGUCCAAAAAUUCAUCUGAUACUGAUAGAAUGGCCUCUUUAUUUUACACUUUGGUGAUACCCAUGCUGAAUCCCAUGAUCUACAGUUUGAGGAACAAAGUGGUGAAAAAUGCCCUGACUAGAACCUGGACCUUGUGUGCAAAUAUCCUAUUGAAAAUUCACUGUAAGAUGUGCUAG